AUGGUCCGUGUAUGUGAAUCUCGGUCAACAUUGAUAUCACCAAACCCCUUAAAAGAGGGGCAGUUUUAUAUCUUGUCCCUUUCUGGUUCCUUUAAGCUGUUGGAAGUUGGUAAUCAGAAAAGCAGAACUGGUGGAUUAAGUGUAACAUUGUCUGGAUGUGAUGGAAGGGUUUUGGGUGGUUCUGUGGCUGGUCCGCUAAUUGCUGCCUCCCCCAUUCAGAUAGUAGUGACCAGUUUUAAGGCUUAUGAAUCUGAGGGAAAAAAAUCUGAUAACUCUAUGGAGACUUCAUUUGCUCUGCAAGUGAGCGCAGGUGGUGCAACUGGUGCCAGCAGCUCAACGUCGAAUGUGGCUUUUAGUGAAUUCUCUGGUGGUCCUGCAAAUCCGAAAGCUGGCACCAAGUACAUCCCACAAGGCACUUCUGGCAUGGCUGGCAAUUGA